AUGUGGCGUAUCCAGGCUAUGGCUGCUAACAGGAGGAGGAGUAGUGGUACUAAUGACAUCGUUGAGGCUAUUCACCGAAUGGUGGAUGCGAUGCAGCCACCCGUGGUGACACCUUUGAGGGAGAGAAGAUUCCUGGUCUUGGUGGAACAGGCUAAGAGUGCUGAGCACCUGGAGAAAGGCCCUGGUCCAGUUGUGAGCAGACAUCAGAAAAAUGUCGCUGAGGCUAGGCAGAUGAAAAAGCCUUAUAGCAUACCACAGGCAUCCCAGGGUCCCUCUUGCUACCAGUGUGGUGGACCCCAUCUGAAGAGGAAUUGUCCUCAGCUGGUAGGCGGAGUAGGAGGGUCAGGCGACCGUCGCAAGUGCUUUAUAUGCGACAAACCGGGACACUUCGCCAACAGUUGCCCAAAAAAGAAGAGUUUGGUUGUGAAGAAGCCAGCAGCAUUGCCAGCAGAGAGAGCUAGAGCGGCUGGCAGGGUCUUUGCUUUGACCUCCACAGAGGCUACUAAAUCAGGUAAUCUCAUCCUUGAGCCAUGUUUAAUGUUGGGUCAGUCAGUUUUAGUGUUGUUCGAUUCUAGAGCAACACAUUCUUUCAUUGCUAAUGCGUGUGUGGGGAGAUUGAAUUUGGUGAAACGCGAUUUGGGGUGUGAGUUACUUGUUUCAACUCCCUCCUCAGGUCAAGUGGCUACCAGUUCAGUCUGCGUUGGGUGUUCAACGGAAGUGGCAGGUCGCAGAUUCAAGGUGAACUUGGUGUUCUUGCCUUUGGAGGGACUGGAUGUAAUCUUGGGGAUGGACUGA